UGAAGGGUUCUCACAACCCCCCCCCCUCCACCCCCGCCUGCUGCCUUAGUGAGGAAUGCUGCUUGCGGUGGCGGCGCUGGUGGGUGAUCCAGAACGCGCCCGCCCGCCCGAAGAAGGACCGAGGAGCCGGAGACCGCCGGGCUAAAAUAACCAGACUCUUGGUGGGGGAGGCGAGGAAAGCCCGAGGGGGUAGCGAAGGAAGGAAGGAAGGAAAGGCGAUCCGAUAUACGUCCCCCCCCACACGUCUUCAUGCGUGGACGCCGUCCCUUCUUGAGGAAUCCGGCUCUCUAGAAGUCUGUCUACACACCGCCACGCGUUAGGGUCCUGUGGCCACCCUCCUCAUCCUUUUGGGGAGGAAUUCCGAAGGAGGGCAACUGUGUUAAAAAAAGACACACAAAAAAACAAGACACGCACAGAAACCUCAAGAGUUGUGCGUUCUGUUCUCCAAUCGCAGCAAACAGUUGCAAAAGUCAGCUGGAGGAGGAAGAAGAAGGAGGAGUGGUGGAGGAUCGGGUGAAAGAAGUCCUGGAGAAGGAAUCUUUUAUUAUUAUUUUUUAAACUUUUUUUCCUCCCCCCCAACCUUGAAGAAAGCAUCUAUUAUAGGCUUGGGUCUUUCUCCUGGUCUGUCCCGCACUCAGGCCAACCAUGAUGUUUCGAGACCAGGUGGGCGUCCUGGCAGGUUGGUUCAAAGGCUGGAACGAGUGCGAGCAGACGGUGGCCCUGCUCUCUCUGCUGAAGCGGGUGAACCGGAGUCAAGCCCGCUUCCUCCAGCUCUGCCUCGAGCAUUCCUUGGCCGACUGCGCAGAACUGCACGUUCUGGAAAAUGAAGCCAACAGCCCUGGAAUCAUUAACCAGUGGCAGCAAGAAUCGAAGGACAAAGUGAUUUCCUUACUGCUCACCCACCUGCCUUUGCUGAAGCCCGGGAACAUCGAAGCCAAAGGGGAGUACAUGAAGCUGCUCCCCAAAAUCCUGGCUCACUCGAUCGAACACAACCAACACAUCGAGGAGAGCCGGCAACUCUUGUCCUAUGCUUUGAUCCACCCCGCCACGUCCCUGGAGGACAGGAGCGCCUUGGCCAUGUGGCUGAACCACUUGGAAGAUCGUACGUCGGGUCCUUUCAGCAGCCAAAACCGGGGCCGUUCCGACUCGGUGGAUUACGGGCAGUCGCACUACUAUCACCAAAGACAGAACUCGGAUGAUAAGCUGAACGGGUGGCAAAGCUCUCGGGACUCCGGCAUCUGCGUCAACGCCUCCAGCUGGCAGGAGAAAAAUCUGGGGUGUGAGAAUGGACACCUGCCCCUCUAUUCCUCCUCCUCUGUCCCAGCAACCAUCAACACGAUUGGGACCGGCACGGGCCCGAUUCUCUCAAGCCAGACCCACCACAGCCCUUUGAAACGGUCUGUGUCCCUCACCCCACCCAUGACUGUGCCCAGCCAGCCUCUAGGACACGGAUGGAUGUCUCACGAGGACCUGCGAGCUAGAGGACCCCAAGCCGUCCCCUCCGACCACGCCCCCCUCUCUCCUCAAAGCAGCGUAGCCUCUUCGGGAAGUGGUGGGAGUGAACAUUUAGAAGAUCAGACUUCUGCCCGUAACACAUUCCAGGAAGAAGGGAGUGGCAUGAAAGACGUCCCUGCGUGGCUCAAAAGUCUGCGCCUCCAUAAAUACGCUGCCCUUUUCUCCCAGAUGACGUACGAUGAAAUGAUGGCCCUGACGGAAAGUCAGCUUGAGGCACAAAACGUUACCAAAGGCGCACGACACAAAAUCGUAAUCAGCAUCCAAAAGCUAAAGGAGAGGCAGAAUCUUCUUAAAUCUCUGGAAAGGGACAUCCUGGAAGGGGGUAAUCUACGCGUCCCUCUGCAAGAGCUUCACCAAAUGAUCCUCACCCCCAUCAAAGCGUACUCUUCUCGGAACUCAACGGCAAGCGAGCACGGACGGGAUCCGGAGCCCCGCCGCCCGGCUCUGAUCGGCUCCGACAGCCAAGGCUCCGACUACAAGGACGCCGCCUCUGGGGGGAUGCGCCCACAUCACCCCCACUUGCCGGGCUGCGAGAGCGAAUCCAGCGGGGCUCCUUUGCCCGAAGGCGACCUCCCUGGACAGUUCACUAAAGUGAUGGGGAAAGUGUGUACUCAGCUCCUCGUUUCCAGACCCGAUGAGGAGAACAUCAGCUCCUAUUUGCAGCUCAUAGAUAAAUGCCUAAUUCAUGAGGCAUUUACAGAGACACAGAAGAAAAGACUUUUAUCGUGGAAACAGCAGGUGCAAAAACUCUUCAGGUCUUUCCCUCGGAAAUCCAUCUUGGACCUCUCGGGAUAUCGGCAGCAAAGAACCCGAGGCUUUGGCCAGUCAAACUCCUUACCGACAGCUGGAUCUGUAGGUGCAGGAAUGGGUCGGCGGAACCCACGCCAGUUCCAGAUUCCCUCCCGGAACCUCUCCACCACACGGUUGGGCCUUCUGGGCCCCAGUGGCCUUCUCGGAACUACCCAGCGCAACGCAGCUGCUAAUCCCACCAUCCUGAAGCAAGGGAGACAGAACCUUUGGUUUGCCAAUCCAGGAGGGAGCAACAGCAUGCCCAGCCGAAGCCACAGCUCGGUACAAAGAACGCGCUCGCUGCCCGUCCAGACCUCUCCUCAGACGAUGCUGAUGUUUCAGCAGUCAGAGUUCCCGGUACCGGCAACAGAACCGGAUAUCAAUAACAGGCUGGAGUCGUUGUGCCUCAGUAUGACCGAACACGCCCUGGGAGAUGGCGUGGACCGGACCUCGACCAUCUAGACGUCGGAAGCGUUAACGGUGCUGGCCGUGAAAAUAUAGGGCUGCUGGACCAGUGACAGAUUCGAAGACGCGCCUCUCUCGACGUGCUAAAGAUCCCUGGAGAUAUUUGGCAACCUUUUCGUGGCUGUUUUCUUAUUUCCUCCACCAUCCUCCUUUCUCUCUUGUUUUCAUUUUGUGGAAGGGCCGCUUUAUCUGCCCCGUGACAUCGUCAGAAGCAGAACGGGGACCAGCCAGAUUUUGGGCGGGGGAAGCCAGCGAAAGGGCAAGGCUCCCGCCGUGCGUCUCGAGAGCGGCUAAAGGCAGGCAUCUUAGGAGCAAGAGACCAGGUUAGGAGGAAGCAGUGAAGAUGGGGCAAAGGUCAGGGGGCUCUGCCAGGCCAAGGAGGAGACUCUGAAGCCUAUCGCCAAACCACAAGAGAGAAGAAAGAAGGAAACCUAUCGGUCACCUGUAAAUAUGAGCCACAUUUCACGUGACAUUCAACCUGCAAAUGGAGCUGUGCUUUUAAAAAAAAAAUCUGGAGAAGGGGGUGCGGAUGGAAACAGCCGUGAGCAAACAGGAAAACCACCUUUUCCCUGCAGCGAAGUUCAUAAGAGUGGCUUUGAAUCCUGUGUAUUGUUUACACGAAGGUGGGUAGGAAAGAGCGGCUUAGAGGUGCUGAGCACUCCACCCACCUUCCCUUCCUGCAGUGUUACCCAAAUAUAUAUGCACACACAUACACACACACAUUAACUACUCCAGGUAAUUGCCAGUGUCCCCACCCAACCCGCCACGGUCCCUUAUGAAACUCUGCCCACGUGGAGCGGAAGCAUUGCAGAAGGCUGCUUGCCGAGACACAGGGACCCAGCAAGAAGGGCAGAGGAACCAAAUCCAAAGGGGCAACACAUGCCAGAGGAGGAGAAAUCAGGACUCCCGAAUCCCAGAGCAGGCGUUUGCUGCCGCCUGCAGGGAUCCAGAGCCUUCUCUCUUUCCUGCCCACCUCCCUCUCGUAAAGGAUCUUUUGCAUGGUAUCUGUGUGGGUGUGUAUUAUUUUCUUCCUUCCUUCUUUUCUUUUCUUUCUUUCCUUCUUUCUUCCUUCCUUCCUUCCUUCCUUCCUUUCUUUCUUUCUUUCUUUCUCAGUAGCAGCAAGUUUUGCCUUUUGAAAUCGCUGCCAGGCUGUUGAUUCUAGGAAGACUUGGGCCCUUGUGACUUUUUCUGGUCUUUCCAAGCUGGGCCGAAGCAGGGUGCCAAAGAAGGAAGCGGGAAACGUUUCAGAGCAGACAGAGGAAUUGUUGCAGGGAAGGUUCUCUUCCUUUGGUUUUAUGUGUGUGUGUCUGUCUGUGUGUGCGUGAGUGAGAGAGAGAGAGAGAAUGUAUAUUUAAAAAGGAUGCUGCAUUUGGGACUUGACGCAGCUGGUCCCAUGUUGUAGGAAGAAGGAUGUUUAUCUGGAUGAGCAGAGGCAUGUCUAUUGGGGGAACAGAUGUAUGUCUGCUCUUGGCUUGGAACUGUAAUGCAAGACAAUAAGUAUGGGGCAGAAGUGUACAGCCCUUCCCCACCCGCAGAAAAGGGCCACUUAGCACCAGAUGUCUCCUUGUGGGCUUUGCACAUAACCUAAAGCCGCCUAUGGAAACAUGUUUUUGAGUUAUACUAAUUUCUUGCUAUGUGAUGGCUGAUUUUCCACAGUAUCAGGGAACCCUCUAUGGUGUCUGUAGACUGUAGAAAUCUGGAGGUCUGUGUUCUUUGGACUACCGCUCCCAGAAUUCUGGGAGCGGUAGCUCAAGACGCACAGAUCUGCACAUCUUUACUGGAUAGUAUUGCUAGCUUUGGUUCCUUCCUCUCAUGGGCUCAGAAUCCUUUCUUGCCAGGAUUGGCCCCACUCUCAGACCUACCUGCCUUGUGGCCAUGAUUCCCACCUUCCAUAAGCCACUCUCUGCUUAAGUACUGUCAGUGUAAAUUGGGGAGUAGAAUGGAGAACAAACCAGUAUUAAUGGUGGGCCCGGCUUCAACAGCCUUCGUCUCCCGACUGCCUCCUGGCAUGGUUGUUCAUCUCGAGAUGCAUCAUGGCUUGAGAGGUUCACUGUCACUUUACUUUAGUGCCUUCCCCCAAAUUCCAACCCUCUUUCGCCACCUUCUGAGGUCGUUUUGGAAAGAGCUCUUUAUACUUCUGAGUAAAAAUCCUUAGGGCGGAGUGAUUAGGGGGCCGGCUUCCUUGGGCCGGCUUCCAAGGAACCGGUGGUGGACUGACCUUCUCGGGCCAGUGUUUGGUGUAGGAGUUGCUCGCCUGUACCGAUCAGAGUCCGUAAAAGGACUCCCCAGGCAAAGAUGCCUGGCUGGUUGUUGUUUCCUGCCCCGUGAGCUACUUGGAGGAGGUGUAAGACUAGGAGGGCACAGUGUGCCCUUCCUGUGCCGAAGAGAGCCAUGCAGGAGGGAAGGAUAAAUAAAGCAGUGUGUGUGAGACAGCGGCUCUCCGUCUAAAUGGGCCGUUUGUUCUGGAGAAUGUUUGUGCUGGAAAGCAAGACACGGACGCCUUUCUCCAGACCUGGCAAACAAGGGUCACGCACGAAGCCAGCGGAGGAAAUGAGCGAGCAAGCCCAGCUCUUGCAGGGAGCUCAGCCGAGGUCAGUGCAUGCAGGUGGGUCAGGAAAAAGGGCCCGAAAGACCAGAACUCGGGUUGCGCUGGGCUUUCUGAUGCUGCAACCCUUUCGUACUGCUCAUUUUCCACUCUGACAGCACUCGAGCUUGCCUGAGUUUAAUUUGCACGCCCAGGCCCCCCUCCAGAAGCAGCCGAAAGAGAGGGGAGCUGCCUUGCUUGAGACAUUGCUUUUUUACAGGGUUUUACCUCCCUGAGUCCUCCAGGCAACAGACAUGGUGGUUGGGGCACGCUGGGAAGUGUAGUUCAAAAAGGCAACUUUUCCAAGUUCUCGCGUUGUCAGCCCAUAAGACGCACGUGGGAUUACCUGGACAAGUGCCGUAUACCUGGGGUUCACUCGUGCUUGGUCUGAAUGAGGCCCCGCUGUGUCUUAGGCUCAUUUCCAUCCCUCGUGUCUACUUGAAAUAAUCAAAAGAACAGCAGUGUAGAGGGGAACACAACCGACACCCAUAAAUACCCUUGGCUACUGAAGAAAUAAAAGUGUGAGUCUCGCACACUCCAUGCUUUAUGGCUCAAGGUAAGUAAAAUCUGACCCACCAGAUGUUGGUGGGUUCGGAGCUCCCCAGCGUCCCUCCCCAGCCAGGUGAGGAACGCUCCUGGCCUUAAAUCCAGUAAGGUCAGGAGGGCUAAGUUUUGACCACCUCUACGUGAGCGUUCCCUUUCAGCCUUGUGAUUGUGUGUUUUUGCCAAUGGUGGGAAGAUGCCGCUUCAAAACAUCCAGCAAAAAAUAUUAAUGCAUGCCAGCCUAUCACAUCAGACACAGUAGGUCUGAUUAUAAGGGCUCACCUAGAUACCACGUCAAGUGGGAGUUCUGCUCGGCCCUUUGUAGGAGGAAGAUUGUGUUCCAGCCACAUCGGUUGGUGGUGGUCGUUUCCCGUCCAAGCUUUCUGACAGCAGGAAAGCGGUUCUGGGCUUCUUCUUGCUACUUCUUCCCACCGUGGUCUAGAUCACUGGUCCCCAACCUUGGGCCUCCAGAGAUGUUCUUGGACUACAACUCCCAUAAGCCUUCACCCCCACCUCUGCUCGCCAGAAUUUCUGGGAGUUGAAACCCUAGAACAUCUGGAGGCCCAAGGUCGAGGACCAGUGAUCUAGAUGGAGGAAAAAUACCUUGAGUGUCUUCUCCUCCCAGAAGACAACUCUCUCGGUUGUGCAUGGUACAGUAGGUCCAACCCUAUCCAACAAAAACCAUUAAUGGCUGCAAACCAGUUUCACCAGCAUGGCUUCUCCUGGAAAACCAGAGGAUAUAUAUAUAUAUUUUUAAAGAUCUGUUGAGAUAAAAUCUAUACUUCAGAUUAAAAUGGGUUUGAGGCCAUUUUUAAAUAGAUGUGGUUCCCGCUUAGCCUCCUUCCCAGUCACAAAGAUGGUCACAUCUCAGUUCCAUACGCCCAAGGGCAAACUUCUCAUUUGGAAGCCUCAGCAGUCGAUGUGAAAUCGGUUUGAAGCCUUAAAUGUGCAUAUUCCAAACACAAAAAGCUCCCCCCCCCCGGCCGCCGCAGAUAAGCUGGUAAUGCAAAUCGCUCCACACUCCCAACGCUACCCAGUGUUUAAUUCAAGGAGAACAAAGCAUUUCUUUCUCCGGUCCCAUCUUGUUAACUUAGUGCCAAACAGUACAAGUGACAUUUUUAAACACGUAUUAGUGGAGGGGGAGGGGAAUAAACGGCCCUUCUGAAUUUGGGACAAUUUUCGGGGCCCGUCGAUGAAAGAAAUCGAGGAAGGUGUGCUCAAGAUGCAGUAUUUUAAGAGAUUCAAUGUGUGUGUUUUUUAUUUUUGAAUAAUAACAAAAGUGCCAAAACACCAUUGUCAUUUCUAGGUUUCAUGUGCACCGGAAGGUGUCACAGUGGACGGGAAUGCGUUUUGUCUAAAGAAAGAAGAUUGUGGGAAAGGUUUUUAGAAGGUGAUUUUUAAAAAUAUAUACUUGAGAAAGAAGGCUUGCUCUGGCAGCUGGCUCCCUCCUGCACGGGCUGCGUUGCACGGAACACAACCCUCCUCUUCGUGUUCGGUUGUGGCUUUCUCUGCAGAUCAGCCUGGGGGGGUCGGUCCUCCCCAGGCUGCAUAGGUAGAAAAAGUUACCUGUUAGGGAUUUGCGCUUUUGGCUAUAAGAUUCUGGGACGUGUCGGCCUCGGCCAGCCGUGGUUCCACAACAUUGGGUCCCGAGAUGUUCGAGGACGACAACAUCCACAAAUCUCAGCCGGUACAGCUAGUGGAGAAGACUUUGGGGAGUUUUAGCCCGAGAACGCCUGGGAACCCAAGGUUGGGAACCGCUGUCUGCCAGGGUCA